AAAAAUUAAAUUCAAAGCUUCAAGUUGAGAAUAUUGAACUUAGAAACAAGAAUGCUAAAGUUAAGCGUGAAAAUGUAAAAUUAAGACAAGCUUUAGAAGGACAUGAAACCAGAAUCACAAAACUAGAACAGGAAGAAAAAAGUAUUACUAAUGUUUCACAAUCUUUAAUAAAUUCUAAUGAUACUUCUGAACAGAUAGUUUCACAAUGUAUUGAUAUUCCAGAAUCUGGUAUAACUGAUAAUGUUUCAAAUUUUAAUA